ACAAAUCCCGCUGCGGUCCGUUAACUUCAUAGCAUCUCGCGAGAAUUUCACCCCAGUGGCGGCUGUGUGGGUCCUGUCUCACUACGGACGAAGUAGUUUCUGACGUUUGAAUGAAAAACAGUGAACCUUACUCCCACAUUGGAUCCGUGAAAUAAUGGCUUCAGCUUUGGAGCAAUUUGUGAACAAUGUGCGGCAGCUUUCCGCUCAAGGCCAGAUGACUCAGCUGUGUGAGUUGAUUAACAAGAGCGGAGAGCUGCUGGCCAAGAACCUGUCGCACCUGGAUACAGUGCUGGGAGCCUUGGACAUUCAGGAGCACUCCCUCGGUGUGCUAGCCGUUCUAUUUGUAAAGUUCUCCAUGCCAAACAUCCCUGACUUUGAGACGCUCUUUUCCCAAGUCCAGCUCUUCAUCAGUACUUGCAAUGGCGAGCACAUUAGAUAUGCAACAGACACUUUUGCUGGUCUCUGCCACCAGUUGACAAAUGCCCUUGUAGAGCGCAAACAGCCAUUGAGGGGUGUCGUCAUCCUAAAACAGGCAGUCGACAAAAUGCAGAUGAACACAAACCAACUUACCUCAGUUCAUGCAGACCUGUGUCAGCUGUGCUUGUUAGCAAAGUGCUUCAAGCCGGCCCUGCCCUUCCUAGAGCUUGACAUGAUGGACAUCUGCAAGGAGAACGGAGCUUAUGACGCAAAGCACUUUUUAUGUUACUACUACUAUGGUGGCAUGAUCUACAUGGGGCUCAAAAAUUUCGAUAGAGCACUGUAUUUUUAUGAACAGGCAAUAACCACUCCAGCUAUGGCAGUGAGCCACAUCAUGUUGGAAGCCUACAAGAAAUACAUCCUGGUCUCACUUAUUCUCCACGGCAAAGUCCAACAGCUGCCCAAAUACACCUCACAAAUCGUAGGAAGGUUUAUUAAGCCCCUGAGCAACGCCUAUCACGAGCUGGCUCAGAUUUACACCACCAACAACCCAACCGAAUUGCGGAGCAUAGUCAACAAACACAGCGAGACGUUCACGCGAGACAACAAUACAGGCCUGGUCAAACAGUGCCUCUCCUCCCUCUACAAAAAGAACAUCCAAAGGCUAACAAAGACUUUCCUGACACUGUCUUUGCAAGACAUGGCAAGUCGAGUGCAACUUUCAGGGCCUCAGGAGGCAGAGAAAUAUGUCUUACACAUGAUUGAAGAUGGUGAGAUUUAUGCUAGCAUUAACCAAAAGGAUGGCAUGGUGUGCUUCCACGACAACCCAGAAAAAUACAACAAUCCUGCAAUGCUACACAAAAUUGACCAAGAGAUGUUGAAAUGUAUAGAACUGGAUGAGAAACUAAAGUCUAUGGAUCAAGAAAUUACAGUAAACCCGCAGUUUGUGCAGAAGAGUAUGGGAACGCAAGAGGAUGAUGUUGGCAGCAAAACGUCAAGUUACUCUUGAGGGGCCUCGGACUGAUGGAAAAUGCUGCAGCCCCCCCCCAAUUCAUUCUUCCAUGGAUGCGUUGGAUGUUUUUUUUAAAGAGGAAAAAAAUAUUCUAUUGCAUAAGGACUUUGGUUAAGGAAAAUCAAAUUGCGUGGAACGAUGUUGAAUUUGGUUACUCUUUAUUCACACUUUCUGAAGGAUAACAAAACAAUCUUUACAGAAAUGGAAAAAGAUUCCGAUUUUGUCAGUGUUUUAUUUAUCAAUGUUGAGGUUGGAGUGACACUGCUACGUUAUCACAAAACUUAAUAAUAAAAACUGGACUUGUUUGUUCCAAGCAUUUGUGAAUAAUCUCACCAUUCCACUCCAUGAUGGCUGUAACCGGAAGGUAUUACGAGGUAAUACAUUUAUGGCUCGCAAAGAAUAAAUCUGACUAUAAUCUACAUUUGUAACGACUGCAAUGUUCGUUUCCCUCUUGCUUUUGGUUAGAAUGUAGAUAAUAACUGGCGAAUCUGUAAAAAUAAGCAUGUCCUUGAACAAACCAGGUGCUAAAAGUCAGAAUCUGGUGCACUGUAUUGUUUUCCUUUUUUUUUCUUUUUUUUUUAAUAGGUCAGAUCCACUAGAGGUCACUAAAGCACUGUGCAGAAAAAUCGUUUUGACAGCUUGUUAGUACAAGUGGCGAAGUCAACCGAUAUAACCAGACCGUCAUGUCAUAUGGUA